UAAUUAAUACUUUGAACAUGUAGAUUUAUUGAAUACAUGAAAUCUUACUACUUACUUUUAUGCAGAGACUAUCCUCUUAUAUAACACAUUUCCUAUAUAUCUUUCGCAGAUCCAUGUAUGAAAUAAGGAAAAGGGAUAUACUAUAAAAUUGUCGUCAAUUGGACCUUAUAAUUUAAAUCUUCUUUUCAUAAUUGACAUAUCUUGAACAGCCAUACAAACCAUCACGUAAUGCAAGUGUAUGGAAAUGAUUUGCUUAAUAAGAAUAAUAUUGAUGCCUUUUUUAAAUUUCUUCUUUUUCAAAAGUUAAUGUCGAUUUCCAUGUGCUGCUUUAUAUUUGUUUUCGUCUUAAUCUUUGUUAUUGCUCAUGCGUAUAGUUUUUAAACAUGUUUUCGUGUAUACCUUAUAAUGCUUAAAGGAAAGACAGUUUAUAAUGCUGCUGUAACUUGAUGUCCAAGACUUCACAGUUAUUCCAGAAAUUUAUGCUGUUUUCAGGUAUGAAAAAAUGAUAUAAAAAAUGAUAUAAAAUCGAUUAUUUAACAACUUUUUUCAAUAAGUAGAAUAUGUAAGGCAACUUGUCACAAAAAAAUGCUCACCAAAUGUGACAGACUUUAAAAUUGCUUUGACUCAAAAAUAUACACCUUAUUGUCAAUGUAAUAGAUGUUAAACUUCUUAACAGGAUUAAAUAUGAAGGCUUUUACUGCUCUAGAUCUCGGUUAUUCAUUGAUAACACAUAUUGGCAAGCAGAAGAGAUCUUAUAUAUGAAAUAUAUAUACGGAAUAUUUGACACAAAAAGAUCAUUUUAAUGAAAAAAAAUAAAACAGAGGAUACUUAAAGUGAGCAAGUUCAAAACGUUACUGUUUUCUUAUUUAAAAACAAUGUGAAAAUGAAUAAAAAAAGGUGUUGCACUUUUCUCAUAUUCAGCUAUAUAGAUAUUGAAUAGAAAACACUAAAGAGUAUUACUGUUCUUGAUUUUAUCAAAUUAUAUUUUCUUUCUUCUUGUUUAUAUUUCAUGAAGUGACAGUAACGGAAGUUAAACAUUCAGAUAUUUUCUGUCAAACAUUUUAUAUUUUCCUCAAAUAACUUGUCCUUAAUGUAUAUGCGGGAAGUUGCGAAAAUAUUAGGCAGCAUGAUUGUGCACAAUUUAAAAUAUCAACAACAUCCUACGGCCUACGCAUACAAGCUGGGAAGAAGCCUUCCCAGAAACAAGGCAAUGCUUGUUAGACUGGUACAUUUUUCAAUGUUAAGGCUUAUGAUAAAAGUACAAAUGUUGCUGCAAUACAGCAAUUGAGACGCUCCGCGCAUAAAAUGCGCUCAUUACAGAUACCUUACCAAAUAAUUCCUACGCACAUGUCAUGUUCUAUUCAGAUUAUGUACAAUUGUACAUUAUUCCGGAUGUUUUGUUGAUCGUUUUUUGCAUAAUUAUACUUAUUGUACGCACUUUCGAUGAGAGAGGGGCCAGAUAUCAAAUUUAAAAAAUGCUUUCACUGAUUCCUACUUUAAGGAAAGUUAUUCCAAUAAAACAAGGCUUACAAGACUUAUGAAUGUAAUGUGAUAUGACAGUAGUGAAACAUUGUUCUAUUUGCGUCACUAUUGUAGUCAGUAAUAUAAGAUGAUAAAAAUAUCAAAGCAUGUACAUUUUCUUUUUCACCUUUAAUGCUACUCAUUUUUCUAGGAAUAGCAACAACAAAUCAUGGUAAGAAAUAUAACAAUCCAUAUGGAAAUAAGCCAAAACGAAAACUUUCAUCGACUUUCAAAAUGUCCUUAACAUGUUUCGUGGCAAAUGGUAUACCAUGAUAUAACAAGAAAAGCAUUGAUGCAAAACAUCAAGGGACGUCCAAGCAAGAAAUGCAGCAAAUGACGAUGAACUAGUAGACCUCUGAUGACCAGUUAUUCUUAUACGUUUGUCAACGGUUAAUUGGAUUUAAGCAGAAUUGUAUAUUAGAUAAAUGGGCGGACGAAAGACAUUGUUCAUCAUGAACUGUGGUAGACUAGCUUGCUAGAGAUUAGAAUAUUAAAAGUAUUUUCUUUGGAACAUACAAAACAGUAGUAAAAAAAUAUAAAGUCUGUUUUUUAAUUAUCAUAAUUGUAACAACUAUACAGACAGUAUAUAAAAUAGUAAUAAAAGGGACUAAUAUAGUUAUAUAUUACAUGCAUUUUUUCAUAUCAAAUUAAAAAUUAAAAGAAAAUGGUUUCUAUAAAUACCUGUAACUUAAAAUACAGUAGUUAUAUUUCAAGUCCCAGUUAAAAACUGAAAGAAGAACUCACACUGCAAUGAAAUUUUUGGGUGAAUUUCAAAAAGGCCAAAUUCAGGACUUUUUGUUAUACACCUUAUAUGGUGAAACAUUAUUUAUCAAUAUUAUAGAAGACUGUUACCUGAAUUUUAGACAGGUGAGGGCAACUUACAUUAUGUUCGUGGAAUCAAAGAUAUAUAUAAAAGCUACUUGACAUUUGUGAUAAAUAAAGGGCUAUUAUUAAUUGAUUUAUUGGAGAUCAAUGUACUAUUUUGUUGAAUUGCUUCAAAAUCCUCGUCUGGCCUACCAGUAUGUUUACAUUUCUACCAAUAAACCAAUGACACCUUAUGUUAAAACUGCAGACGAAAGUUUCUGUUAUUAAGAUAUUAUGAAAAAUAUAAUAUUUAUAAUCUAUAAAGGGUGCAAGUUAUUGUUGAAUAUGUUUGCAUUUCAUUUCCUGCAAAAUUCUCCAGUUCGUUAUUUAUUACCAUAGCGCGAUUUCGUUUAGUUACUUCAACUACUUCUACGAGUAUCACUAGAUUUUCGGACUUCCAUAAUGUUAUGCUAUGUCAUCUUUUUAUAGCUUGAUAUUCGAAUUCAUGUUAAUACAUAACCCACUGUGUACAACAAAAUAUUAAGUAAUUUCUUGUAGAAAAUACAAAUGUAAGAAAUAAAUUAUCGAAUUUAAGUUUAUUUUUUGCUUUGUCUUUUAUGUUCCCAGCGGCUGAAUUCCGUUCUCAUUCAUAAAUAUGACAUGCUGCGAAUCACUGAAGGGGAAACCAAUAUAUGACUUUAUAUAAUAGAAAUCGGAAGGAAUUCUUGAAUCCAAAUUUAUUUUUAUCUGUAAAUCGAAAUGAAUAAUUGAUAAAAAUCGGAUCCAUAGACAGAAAAAUAGUAAACACAAAUAGCUCCAUAAAUACAGCAAUAAGAAAGAAAUUCAAAUAAAGGAUCAUUUGUAACAAAAAACUUGUUUCAAAUGUUAAUUAUUUAGAGAUCGCUGUUUAGCAAAUAUUGACAUUGGCUUGAGAAAUGGACCUUAGUUAAAAUUGUUGUUAUGUUUUUUUAAACUGUAUUCAAAGAGUGAUAAAAUUUUAUUAAACUAAAUAAAAACUGAACAAAAAGAUAGGUAUGAAUACAAUAUAUAGUUAUAUCUGAUAACAUCCUAUAAUUAAUCUCACAUUUUAGAUCUGUAUCUUUAUCUUUCUUUUAUAAUGUAAGAUUAUAAUGUGUAUAACCAUGGGAUAGUGAUGUUCUUAAAAACGACAACAUUUGUACUAGCAAUGUUUGUUGAUAAAUAUUUGCUUAUUUGCAUAAAGAAAUACGGAAUAAUGUUGCUUAAGGAAACGUCAGCACUUAUACUACUAUUUAUUGUGGAUAUGGUAUUUACUGAAUGUAAGGUUGGCUGCAAAUCAUGCUCUGGCUCCACAUGCACAAGUUGCGAAUCAUCUUACUAUUUAACAAAUGGUCUCUGUUUACCAUGUCCUCCAGACUGUGAAACAUGUAACAGCUACGAUGACUGUACUUUAUGUAAACCAAGCAAAUUUGGUUUACACUCAGGAUGUACUUUCACCUGUGAAAGUAAUUGUCUAAAUAAUGAAUGUCAAGAUGAUACGGGAAUUUGUAUACAAUGUAAACUUGGUUUGUAUGGACACCAAUGUCACCAUAAUUGUAGUGUAUGUGAAAACGAACGUUGUGAUUUACUUACCUGUUUGAGUGGUUGUAGAGAGGGAUAUUAUGAGUAUAAAACCGGUGUCGAAGUAAUAUGUCUAACCUGUCCAUCAAAUUGUAAACAUUGCACAAAUGGAAAAACAUGUAAUAUUUGCAAUAACGGUUUUCACCUCUUUAAGUUUUAUGACAACGUUCACUGUGUUUCAUGUUUGCAAGAAACGCAAUGUCCGAACUGUAUUAUUCAAGGUUGUAACGAGUGUCAAAUACACAAUAAUUCGUUAGUAUGUGCUGAUUGUCCAGAAGGACAAAUAUUCAAUGGUAACACAUGUGGAUCACACAUAUUAUUGUGCUCACAAGAAUGUUCAACGUAUUGUGAUAGUUCUGGAAUAUGUCAAGGAGAAUGUAAUGAGGGUUGGACUGGUGAGAAAUGUUCCAAAAAAUGUAACAGCAAAUGUUUAAAAUGCUUAACAGAUGACGGAAAUAAUUGUUUAAUGUGUAAAGGUAAUUUUUACUCAACCGAUUGCAGUUUAGCCUGCAAUCCGGCAUGCUUAGAAAUAAGUGGUAAACAUACAUGUGACAAGGCAGACGGCUAUUGUUCAAACGGAUGUAACCAAACCUUUUGGGGCGAAACCUGCGAGAAACCUUGUCCUGGUGGAUGUAAAGAUCUUAAAUGUGAUAGAAACAACGGUACAUGUACGGAUGGAUGUAAGAAUGGAUUGACUGGAGAUAAAUGUACUCAAACUAUCACAAUCGAAACAUCGGUGACAACAACAACAACAACAACAACAACAACAACAACAACAACAAAGUCAGCCGAAUUUGUAUCACAACAACAAACAUUUGUGCAUCAUGACAAUAAAGAUAGUAAUUUUACCGUUGGUUAUUUCUCUGGAUUCGGAUCUUUUGCUGCCAUUGUAGUAUUUGCUGUAUUAUUUUACCUAAUUAGAAGAAGGUAUCUGGCAAGUAAAAUGCUCCAAGAUAACAGACGUAACGUUGAGAUUCCAACAUAUUAUAACACUAGAACUGAUUUCGGAGCUGUACAUGCUGAGUCAGCCGAUGUGACUAAUAAUUACGAGAGUUUGAGUGAUAACAGGACCAUGGAUAAUGUAUACAAUGAUCUAGAAACAACAUUGUCAUAGACGUAAGAGAAAUUAGUCUUACUUAUUGAAACUUCAACAUGAACAUUUAGACUGUAUUAGUUUUAGUGAUUUACUAGUGAAAACAACAGAAUGAAUUGUUACAGUUAUACUGAAUUUGUUGUUUCUAAGGUCAUUGAUGCAUAUUAUUAUUAUCCUUAUAUAAUCAUUUUUGAAACGGCUCAUAUUAAUGAUAAGCUAGUUGUAUUAAGGAAAGAAACUCUUUUUCCUUCUAGCAAUAUUUUAACAUGUAAAAUACGACUAAAGUGUUUAUCAAAAUUAUUUUUUCUUGAAUAUUUCAAUCUUGUAUUUGCAAAAAGCUUGACAUACCUACCGUCCCAUGUGAUAACUCUUAUCGAUAAGCUAAAUUCACAACACAUAUAUGUAAAUUUUACUACAGUAUGGUAAAAGUAAGAAGCCAGCAAAAUGUUCAGUUCUUUCAUCUUUAUUAAAUCACACUUCAUAAAUUCUUUCAAAUAUAGAAUGUGUAAUUUUGUAAACGUUACUAAUUAAGAUCGCUGAUCAAUACAAGAAAGUAUUAUUUCGGUAUUUUUGAGACAGAUGUUAUGGUUACAGUCUUCCUAGAUUUGUUUGACGGCUGUGUAUUAAUAUAUCAAUACUAUGGGCAAUGCCAUUUUACUAAUCUAAGAAAGGAUUUAUCAUUGAAACAUAGUAAGCGUGACAUAUACUUUGAGUAUAUAAAAACAAAACUAAUUUAUAUUUCAUAAUUUAGUUUAAUUUCAAUAUAAAAUGUAUACUUUUAUCUUAUAACAGCUUAUUAUUGUGUACAUAUUUUACAUUAUUUGUUUUAAAAUGUUUGAUUUUAACAUGUAUAACAAUGUUCUUGAAAACGGUAUCAGUCAUCCUAGCAGUGUUUGUUAAUAAAGGAUUUGAUCGUAAAUACUUCUGCAUAAUAGUACCCAAUCAAUUUUGACUGUUUACCUACAAAUAAGAGUGAUAAAAAGUGGACAAGUCUUUAACGUAAAAUGCAUCUUUACAGAUUUUAUAUUACAUUACGGAAUAAUAAUAUAUAAUGCUAACAUUCGGCUGAAAUACAAAUAUGACAUUUGGUUGUAUCGAUAUCUUUAUUCUAAAACAAUAGCAGUAAAACCUGCUAUCAUAGUAUAUUUUAAAACAUAUCACUUAAAUGUAUUUUGAUUAAAGUUUGUAUAAUUGGUGUUAAAAAUAUUUUAUUGGCUUUCAAUCUUGAUCACAUGUUCAUCAUCUUUUAGUUAUGAUCAUCUUACUUUUUAUCAAAAGUGUUCGUUCAUUGUGCUAUAUAGAUUGUUAACAUUGCUUAAAUAACUGUAUUUCAUGUAAACAAAAAUUAUAUGGUAUUCAUAUAAGUUUAACUUUUACCACUGAUGAUAAAUGUCUAAAUAGUAAAUAUAUAGAGGA